UCCGCAGCCGCUGGCACACCACAACUAUUUAAUCUCUGUGCCGCUCACUACACUUAGAAUUAUAGAUAGAUAUGGGAUAGAUAGAUACGAUAGACAGACAGACAGAUAGAUGAUAUGAGAAUAGAUAGAUAAUAGAUAAUACGCAGGCAGAUGGUACAUAGAGCAGAUUGAUGUGUAAUAUUCCUAGCAAUCAGUACAACGAUGAACUACAAUAACCAGAGCCAUGUCUCCUCCUGAUGUAUGGAGAGAGGAUUAGAUGGAGAGCUGGUGUCCUCCUCCUCUCCUGCUGGUCUUCGGGGAGGAGAUCCGGCCUCCCCUCCCCCCCCUGAUUACACUGCAGCAGUGGCGGAGGAUUAGGUGCUGGCAGUCCGUGCAUUGCUGCUGCUGCUGCUGCCGGUGAAUGGCUGCGCCCCGCUGCUGCCUCCUCCAUCCGUCUGUGCUGGUCCCAUAGGGAGCCCCUGAUCCCUCCUCCUCCUCCACCAGAGCUGUCAGUGUCCUCUGCUCGCCAUGGGGGAGAUCCCUCAUCUGGUCAAGAUCGCGGUCUCCCUUAAGAUCCAGCCCAAUGACGGUCCGGUGUAUUUUAAGGUGGACGGACAGAGAUUCGGGCAGAACCGGACGAUCAAAUUAUUGACGGGAGCCAAAUACAAGAUCGAGGUGGUCCUGAAACCGGGGGCGGUGAGAGCCAAGACUAUCAAUUUAGGAGGAUUGGUCAUUCCCCUAGAAGAGAAAUCUAGAGAUCCUCAGACGGUUUGUUACACAGCCUUCUAUGAUACGGAGGGAGUAACCCACACCAAAAGCGGGGAAAGGCAACCACUCCAAGUCAUGAUCCAGUUUGAAGACAUCGGAAGCUUUGAGACCGUGUGGCAAGUGAAGUUUUACAACUACCAUAAAAGAGAUCAUUGCCAAUGGGGCAACAGCUUCAGCAGUAUUGAAUAUGAGUGCAAGCCUAAUGAGACCCGCAGCCUAAUGUGGAUCAACAAAGAGAUGUUCCACUGAAGCCACCAAAGCUGGACAAUCUUCUGAUGAGGACCUAACUUGACCAGCACAAUGAGCCACAAAGCAGAGUAUAGAUAACAUAUCAUGAGCCUAAAAAAUAAAAUCCUUGAUGAAUAAUGUUUACUUGAGAUAAACCAAACCCCUACAUCAGUGAUGGUGACUGUAAGAGGAAAAUCACUUGCCAGUUUACCAUGGACCGCUAAUAUCAUUGAGACACUAUAUGCUUAUGGCUGGGGCUACACAGCAACAUGACAGUAUCUGGGAGUCACAGUAAAACUUGUGACAUCAGUGUUCUCCUUCAGGGCAAACUAGUUGUGAGCUAUCAAACGAUCUGACCUCAAAUUGUGGACAACCUCAUAUUGCCAUGUAGCCCAAGUCUGCUUCUUAAUGUUCACGUAAUAUCAUUGGUUCAGGCUGAACCGAUCAGGUGAAGUCUCGUGAAUAUCAGCCAGCUACAAACUGGCCACCCCAGCUGUGUGUAUGAAGUAGGUACAUGUUUAGGAUAUCACUAGUAUACGCCCACACUUCCGGAUUAUUAGAGGCCACAUCCUGUACCCCAGUGUUUCCCAACCAGCGUAAGGAACAACAGCACUAUGAGUCCCAUCUACAAGGAACUGCAACACAAUCACAUUCACUUCAGUGGAGCUGUGUUGCAAGAUCCUGGGUGGACAGGAUCAUCUCUAACCAGGGAAAAAACCCAAAGUACUUUGGUCCCUUUGUCCUUCAAAUUUGGCAGAGGUUGGACCACACUGGUCUAAAUGUUAUGUUAUAUCCUAGUGCUAUAUCAUUGCUCUGUGUGAUGGGAAUACCCCUUAACUUAAAGAACAUUUAUGUUAAAUUGCUAAAAACAUACAACCAGUAGAUAUAUCACCUACUAAAGUCUUUUAUUUGUCCUCUUUAUGUUCUGCCACCAGCCAGCAAUCGUAAUUCACCUCUGUGCGGGAACCAUAUAUUUAACGUCAAGAAUGGGAUUGGAUACUGUCAGAAAAGGAACUUAUUCCCCACUUUGCCCUGUGAGCAUCUAAUUCCAUUCUUUGCACAAAAUAUACAUUGUUACGCUGAGCCAUAUUAUAGCUUUCUGAAUGCAACCUAAAGUUUAAAGGGGUUGUCCGGGUUCAGAGCUGAACCCGGACAUACCCAUAUUUUUACCCAGGCAGCCACCCUAAUGUUAGCAUCGGAGCAUCUCAUACUCUGUUGUGC